AGUCCUUUAAAAGAAACCGCUUCUACAUUAUUUCCUUGAUUUUGAUCCCCACCAGCCACUUCUUUCUUUCUUCUUCUUCUUCUUCAUCAUCAUCAUCAUCAUCAUCAUCAUCAUCAUCAUCAUCAUCAUCAUCGAGUGCUCUCACUCAUGGCUUCAGGGAGCAAGGCGUCAUUGGUGGUCGCAGCGAGCAUGGCGGCGGUGGAAGCGCUCAAGGACCAGGCCGGGCUUUGCCGGUGGAACUACGCGCUCAGGUCGCUGCACCACCGCGCCAAGCGCAGCAUCACGGAAGUGUCCGCGCAGCAGACCAAGAGGCCGUCGCGAGGGCAGGCCAAGGGGGCGGAGGAGAGAGACGGAUCCAAGCGCACGGAGGAGUCCAUGUCCAGAAUCAUCUACUGGGACGCCUGGGGACCCAAAUUGUAGUCGCAAAUAACCAAAUAAUCGGCUACAAAAUGUUUCUAAAGGGAACGCAGAUAAUUAUGCAUGAGCUAUAAAUGUUUCUCCUAUUACUACAAAACAAAAUUACUGAACACAGGUUCUCCUUUUGUCGCCGCA